GUCACUCCCCGUUCGCGGCGCCAGCCACCGACGUAUAUUCCGCUGCGCCAUUUUCCUUCGAGGACUGUGAAAGAAGGAGCAAGAGAAAGAAGUCAAUCAAGCCAUUGUGAAAUUUAUUAAAUAAAUUUGACAAGGUAAUGUCGCCAGAACCAGCCAUGCAUCGAGAUUGUCCUCUCGACUGCAAAGUCUAUGUUGGCAAUCUGGGCAAUAAUGGCAACAAAACAGAGCUAGAGAGGGCAUUUGGUUACUAUGGUCCCCUCCGCAGUGUGUGGGUGGCGAGGAACCCCCCAGGCUUUGCCUUUGUAGAGUUUGAGGAUCCAAGAGAUGCCAAUGAUGCAGUACGGGAGCUUGACGGCAGGUCACUGUGUGGUUGCCGUGUGCGAGUCGAGUUGUCAAAUGGGGAGAAACGCAGUCGGUCCCGUGGUGCCCCUCCUUCGUGGAGCAGACGCCCCAGAGAACGAGAUGACUACAGACGUCGUAGCAGCCCUCCUGUCAGGCGAAGAAUGAAACCCGUUGCAGAGCCACCACCAUGCCUCUUCUCACCACCCUCUGAGUCAGUCAACUAGUCUUCUUUCAGCAUCAUGUGACUGCUGAUCGUCGUGCCCCAAUCAGCUUGGCUGGUGCUGUUACAUGACCCAGGCAUGGCCAGUCGUCAGGUUGCACCAGCCCAUUGGUUCCUCAGCAUGCCGUUCUCAACCACCUCUUCCUCCAACCUUAAACCAAACGGCAGCGGCCCACCUCACAUUCCCGACCAAUCAGCGUAUUACGUUUCCAUAUGUCUACAACCUACCAGCAGCAGCCUUCGGCUAACCAAUUAAAGCAAGAAAAAAAGCUACAGCCAGCCCCCACCUGCCUGCCACCUAAUCACCUUGCAGCAUCUGGCCUGUCCUAUUCAGCAAAUUCUACCCACCCGGGCGACAGUCUGCCUCCCUUUCUUCAUAUCUAGCUUGUUGAAAACCAAAAAUACUAGUAAGUUUUCCUACUUCAUUCAGUACACUGCUGAUUAGUUUUGAAAGUGAAGAGACAGCUGGUUUGUACAGGUUCUACUUUUUCUAAACCAUUGAAUCACAAUUUUAUUGUUUUGCCCUCCACCAUUAUUAACAUAGUUCUUGCUUCAAAAUGGAAGUGAUCCAACACAAAAAGGUUUUAAACUUCAUGUUCUCAGAGACUUCAAUUUUAGAUUUUUGUUUUUCUUUAGGGGCUUUGGUCAUAGAUUUGAAAUCAGGUGAAUCAAAAAAUGUUCAACUCCCCAACAAAAACCAGCAGCAGUUUUGUCUUUUUUUACCGUAGCAGUGGUUUUUGUUAAUAGUUUACUACAGUGACCCUGUAUGUGAAAAUUGCUAGAAAGUUGUACUACUUCCCCUGUCAGGGUCAGUCCAGAGUGUGUAGAUGUAUAACUGAUUUAAAUGUUGCUUGUCAUCUCCCUGAAGUCAGGUCAAUUUGGAGAAACUGUUUAUUUUCCAGUGCGUACAAGACUUAACCUUUAAUCAACACAGAUGCAUACAGGGAACAAUAAGAAUGAACUGUACUGUAGGUUAGAGAGGUGAUAUCUGGGUGACCUGCCAUCUAUAUCUGCUGGGUCUGUUGCCUUCAGCUUUAUUUUCAAAGAAUAAUUGACUCCAUGGCUGGUCUAAGGCCUUCACAUUUUGAGUUCCCGAAAUUGACAAACACCCAUGUUUGGUGGAAUUUUUUUUUUAUAUAAACGGCAUGGAGAUGGAAAAAAAAAAAAAAA